CUAUACUCCACCCAACACAAUGGCAGGCGACACAAGAGACUCAACAACAUCAACCCCACGCGGACCUCCACCCGGAGUAACCGAACCUCCAGAACACGUCAAGACACCGAACAAAGUCUACGAAGUCUUCAAUGGGCCGCUGCCGUCUGCGAAUGCGUUACCCGAGGGCUCGGGGUUAAAUACUGCGGGGGCGAGAGAAAAGCAACCUACGCUCUCGGAAGGCAUUAAGACGGUUAGGCUGGAGGAUUUCAAGCAGGUGCAUAUGUAUCCAUGUGUCAGAGAAAGUCUGCUUAUGGGAAUUGGUGGCGGGUUUGGGAUGGGUGGAAUUAGGGCGCUUUGGGGAGCGCCGAUACCAAAAGCUGCCAAUUGGGCUGUGGGCACGUUCAUCUUUGCUGGAAUUGCGAAUUAUGAGUUUUGUUUGUAUAAGAGGAGGAUGGAGAAGGCAUAUAUGAAGAGAGCUGUGGAGAUUAUUGACAGGAAGAAAGUAGAGAAGGAAGCUGCUGCGAAAGCCAAGAGGGAAGAGAGGAGAAGGUUUAAAGAGGAGGAAGAUAAGAAAGCGGAGGAAGCUGCUAAGAACAAAGGUUGGAGACUGUGGUGAUUGCCAGAAAAUCAACGGGACUUGUAUAUGUAUGAUGAUCUGUAUUUUGAACUGACUAUGGAAGAAGCUCCCUAUUGGAGCGAAAUGGGAAUAUUGCCCUGCGCCGGAUCCAAUCCACCCUAUCAACUCCC